UUUUAAACUAAAUUAACAUGGCUCGAAUGAACCGCCCUGCUUCUGUGGAAGUCACAUACCAGAACAUGAGAUUUCUUAUUACACACAAUCCAACCAAUGCGACCUUAAACAAAUUUAUAGAGGAACUUAAGAAGUAUGGAUGGCCUUUUGAUGAUGGUGCACCACCAUCCAACCAGAUUGUUCAUGACUGGUUAAGUCUUGUGAAGAUUAAGUUUCACGAAGAACCUGGUUGCUGUAUUGCUGUCCAUUGUGUCGCAGGCCUUGGCAGAGCUCCGGGCCUUGUUGCCCUAGCAUUAAUUGAAGGUGGAAUGAACUAUCAAGAUGCAGUACAAUUCAUAAGACAAAAUCGGCACGGAGCUUUUAAUGGCCAGCAACGUUUGCCUCUGGAGAAGUACCAUCCUAAAAUGUGGCUCCGCUUCAAGGAUUCCAACGGUCAUAGAAACAACUGUUGUAUUCAAUAA